UGAAGAAUUUGAAAGUUCGAUGGGUUUGUGGGAUGUCGUCUUGUCAUACAAUGAGUUGGACGGUGCAAUACCAACUAAUAAAGCUUUCAUGAAUGCCUCAUUAGAAGGUAAUAAAGGUCUUUGUGGCAAUGUAACAGGAUUCCAACCUUGCGAAAGGCUAUUCUCUAUGGUGAAGAAGCACUCAAUGACGAAGGAACAUAAACUCAUCCUCAUCACUGUACUUCCUAUUCUGGGAGCACUAGCGCUUCUCUGUGGUUUUGUUGGUGCUCUCCUUAUGCGUGACAAAAGAAGCAGAGUUAGAGACGUUGAAAGACGAGAUUCCAUUGACAAAGAUGAUGGUUUGCUUUCGAUAUCCAUGGUACAUGGAAGCUCGUUAUACUGGGAUAUCUCAAAAGCCACAGAGGAGUUUGAUGCAACAUUUUGCAUUGGGCAAGGAGGGUUCGGAAGUGUUUACAAGGUAAACCUUCCAUCAUUGGGGAAUGUAGCUGUGAAGCGACUUCAUUCCUCAUUUGAGAGUAAGCAUCGCAAAAGCUUCAUGAAUGGAGUAAGAGCGUUGACAGGGAUUAAGCAUCGGAGCAUUGUGAGACUCUUUGGCUUUAGUUCGAAUGCUCAACACUCGUUCUUGGUUUAUGAGUACGUGGAGAGGGGGAGUUUGUCUAGUAUUUUGAGCAACGAAGUAGAGUCCAAGAAAUUGGAUUGGCUUAAAAGGCUGAAUAUCAUCAAAGGCGUUGCUUUUGCUUUAUCCUCAAAUUUAAACGCGUCUCUUCAUAAUUAA